AUGAAAAAUGGCCUUAAAUUCCAACAAUCGUUAUUAGCAAGUUCAUAUAUUGUUAUUACUACCACUACUACUACUACUACUACUACUACUACUACUACUACUACUACUACUACUACUACUACUACUACUACUACUACUACUACUACUACUACUACUACUACUACUACUACUACUACUACUACUACUACUACUACUACUACUACUACUACUACUACUACUACUACUACUACUACUACUACUACUACUACUACUACUACUACUACUACUACUACUACUACUACUACUACUACUACUACUACUACUACUACUACUACUACUACUACUACUACUACUACUACUACUACUACUACUACUACUACUACUACUACUACUACUACUACUACUACUACUACUACUACUACUACUACUACUACUACUACUACUACUACUACUACUACUACUACUACUACUACUACUACUACUACUACUACUACUACUACUACUACUACUACUACUACUACUACUACUACUACUACUACUACUACUACUACUACUACUACUACUACUACUACACCUUAUGAAUUAGAGUAUGUCGGGGAUGAAUGA